UGAACGUCUCUCUCUCUCUCCUGUCUAUGUGAACGUCUCUCUCUCUCUCCUGUUUAACCUGCUGGCCAGCAGCGAUCAGUGAUGCAGAGGAACCGAACUGUAGCGGCUCCGUAGAGCAGUUAAGCCCGCUGGAUCUGCUCUCUUCUCCCGUGUGAACCCUCCUGGAGCUGCGGGGGAUGGUGUCAGCUCCUGAAGCCGGACAAUCGGACGCCGAGGCCGGCGGCAGGCAGCGCUAGCUGACCGAGCUGCGGGCUUUGAAUUUCGGCCUCACUGCCAGGAUUUUAUCGGGACUUUUUUGCCGGAUAUUCGGAGUAUCUCUGGGGUAGUUGCCUGGCCGUGGACACUUCGGGAAGGUUCGGUUCUUAAUGCCCCGGAGGCUCCGAGAAGAGCAGACUGCGGAGCCCCGGAGCAGGGCUCGGACACCGGGGGAGUGCGAAGAACUCUGAUUUGCUCCGCCCACCAUGAACCCUCUAAACCAGAUGAAGGCUGGACUAGCCAACAACCCACACAGUGAAGGCUCGUACCCCUACGACCCCUCCAGCUGGCAGCAGCCCACCAAUCAGCCCACAGGAUCGCUCUCCGUGGUCACGACUGUCUGGGGCGUCACCAACCCCUCGGCCAGCCAGGGUCUUGGUGGAGGCGUGAUGGGGCCCGGGGCCAACCCAGGCGGGGGUCCCAUGAUGCAGGGCCCCGGGGGGUCGGGCAUGUCCGGCGGGCCCGGAGGCUACAUGGGUCAGCAGGGCUACGGAGAGCCCAGCAAAGGAUACAUGACCCAGGGCAUGUACGGCCGUACGGGCGGGGCCUACGCAGGAGGACCGGGCGGGUACACGGGGAGCUAUCCGUCGAACCCUGGAGCCUCCCGAGGCUCCGCCGACUUCACUCAGGCCGCCGCCGCCGCCGCCGUUGCUGCUGCCGCUGCCACGGCAACCGCCACUGCUACAGCAACCGUCGCCGCCAUCCAGGAGAAACAAAACCAGGAGAUGAACUAUGGACAGAUGGGCGGUCCAGCCUACAAUAACCAGUUCAUGGCCCACUCCGGCCCCCGCGGCCCUCCUGGCAUGGCUCCUGGAAGUAUGGGCCCAGGUCCAGGCCCCACCAGAGGUCCCCCUUCAAUGGGCCCUAUGUACGGACCAGGAGGGGGCCCGCAGAGGGUCCCCCAGCACCCAAACUAUGGCCCUGGACCACAGCAGGGACACCUGAGGCCCCCGCAGGGCCUCAAACGGCCAUACAGCUCAGAGUCCUUCCCGGGAAUGUCCCAGCAGUAUGGUGUUCCUGUCGGUUCCAGUGUGAACGUCAUGUCGAGUCCCGGAGGUGGCAGUGGAUCCAUGCCUGGUUCAGCUGGAGGCGGUCAUGGCGGGCCCGGCCCCUACCCGGGCCCCAACAUGCAGUACCACCCAGGUCCCGCCGGUCCAGGUCCCGCCCUCCGCGGUCUGGCUCCUCCCCCUCCUAUCAGAGCCAUAAAAUGCCCCUCCCACCUCAGUACCCCCCUCUGGACCCCCCAGCUCGCAGUACUACAAGUGUUUGUGCCGUUUGUGCAGCAGGACCAGUUUAACGGGCAGGGCGGCUUAAACACUCUGACAGCAGGGGGCGCCGGAGGCGUGUACAACUCCUUCAACCAGCCAUCAGGGCCGGGACGAGGGUUGCCAGGUUACCCGUCUUCUCCGGUUCCGGGAAACCCAACACCUCCUAUCACCCCCAGCAGCUCCAUGGCUCCGCCCUACAUGUCGCCUGGCAACGGUGACAUCAAGCCAACGCCUUCUUCCUUCCUGCCUGACAUCAAACCCAACAUAGCUGGCCUGGCCCCUCCCCCGCCGACAGGUAACCCUAGCGACGACCUGCGGCUGACCUUCCCAGUGAGAGAUGGCGUGGUCCUGGAGCCCUUCAGAUUAGAGCACAACCUGGCCGUCAGCAACCACGUCUUCCAGCUGAGAGAGUCCGUCUACAAAACACUCAUCAUGAGGCCUGACCUGGAGCUCCAGUUUAAGUGUUACCACCACGAGGAUCGACAGAUGAACACCAACUGGCCCGCCUCCGUCCAGGUGAGCGUGAACGCGACUCCUCUCACCAUUGAGCGAGGCGACAACAAAACUUCCCAUAAACCUUUGUACCUGAAACACGUGUGUCAGCCGGGCAGGAACACCAUCCAGAUCACCGUCACCGCCUGCUGCUGCUCUCACCUGUUCGUCCUCCAGCUGGUUCACCGUCCGUCGGUGCGAUCGGUGCUGCAGGGACUGAUGAAGAAGAGGCUGCUUCCUGCAGAGCUCUGUGUCACCAAGAUAAAGAGGAACUUCAGCAGCGGCUCCAUCCCCGGGACGCCCGGGUUAAACGGAGAGGACGGUGUGGAGCAGACCGCCAUCAGGGUCUCGCUAAAGUGUCCCAUCACGUUCCGACGCAUCCAGCUGCCCGCCAGAGGCCAUGACUGCAGACACAUACAGUGUUUCGAUCUGGAGUCGUACCUGCAACUCAACUGUGAGCGAGGAACCUGGAGGUGUCCUGUGUGCAAUAAGACGGCUCUGUUGGAGGGUCUGGAGGUGGACCAGUACAUGCUGGGAAUCCUGAUCUACGUGCAGAACUCGGAGUACGAGGAGAUCACCAUCGACCCGGUGUGCAGCUGGAAGCCCGUCCCCGUGAAGCCCGACCUCCACGUGAAGGAGGAGCCUGACGGCCCCGUGCUGAAGCGCUGCCGGACGCUCAGCCCCAGUCACAUGGUCAUGCCCAACGUCAUGGAGAUGAUCGCCUCGCUCGGCCCCACCCCUUCUGCCUCCUCGUCCUCCUCCACCUCGGCGGUUCCCCCCUCCUCUUCCUCCUCGUCCCCGAUGCCCUACCCCUCCCUACCCGGAGGGGGCGGUGGCGGCGGCAACAACAGCAGCGCGACGCCCGAGUACCCCGGACCCGGAUCAGCUCCGUCCUUCCCCACGCUGUCGGCUCCGUUCUCCGACUUCAGCGGUCCGGGGACGCCCGGCAUCGGCGGCGACUUCUCCUCGCCCGGCCCCCCGCCCCUGUCCUACCAGUCGGAGCUCUCCAGCGCCCUCCUCACCCCUGACAAACCCCCCCUCACCCGCUGGCUGGACAGACAACCUCCUCUUCUGUCUCCUUCCCUCCUCUCCCCUCUCUUUACUCUCGCCUUCUUCCUCCUUUCCUUCCUCCCUUGUGUCCUUCCCUAUAAGAUGCCGGGCUCAGGCCGUAUGGACUCAACUUCCCAUGGUGCUCCUCUCCAGCAGCAGCAGCAGCACCAGCAGCAGUCGCAGGGUCUCCAUGGCAACUCGCAACUGGGGGGUGGCAACCAGAUGAUGCAGCGUAGUAACCAGAAUCCCCGUCUCCAAGGCGAUGGCUCCUUCGGGCUCGGGGGCUCGGCAGACGUUCCGGAAACUUCUCUGGACUUGCUUCCUGAGUUGACCAACCCGGACGAGUUGCUGUCCUACCUCGGCCCUCCGGACCUGCCCAGCAACAACAACGACGACCUGCUGUCGCUGUUUGAGAACAACUGAAGCGCUCGCACGGCUCCGGGGUCGACCACGCCGAGACGUCACGGCAACAUCCGAACUUUAUUUUUUAUCCCUGCCGCCAACAUGGCACCGUCUGCACAGGAAGGGGCGGACCUCGAGGAGGAAGGAAAACAAAACGGCGACUUUUGAAUCUAAAAAAUCUCUUUGAUGUGUGAUUAUGAACUCCAUGGUAACUUUAUUUUAUUGUUUUUAAUUGUGUUUCGAUGCUUCAUCCUUCAUUCCCUGUCAGUUCAAAGAGGCGCCACAGCACUGCUUUCACGUACCUGCCCCGCCCACAGCGAGGUCACCCAGUCGCCCUUUGUGUAACAGCACAACACUGGCAUCUGAUUGGCUGUCAGUGUAUUGGCUCAGCCCGUGAUCAGGUUGUGAUUCAGGUGAUUCCAGCGCGGCGGCGUACAGUAUACGAAGGUGCGGCUGGCGUCCUUUGCAGUUCCAGCUGUUGGUGGGUGUGGGUGUGAAACCUGUGAAGGCAGCAUUGCGGCGCGUCACAGCCGGGGGUUUUGGUGCAAAGAUGGCUGCAGACGAGCUGAAAGCGGCGUCUUUUCCCACGGACACGCUUUCCUUUCUCACCAGAGACACUGAGGGGUCCACGCCCGGCCCCGGUGUGCGACACGGACCUGCCGAUGACCAAUCAGAGGCGACACGGGCGGCUGUAGCUGCUCAGCCCCUCCCCUCAUGUUAGGGUUUUUUGUAAGCGGGCUAGUUGACCUUUGACCUGGCCGCGGUCUGCACAUGUGGCUUACUGUAACUCACAUCUGGGCUGAAGCUGCAGUGACAAACGCUGGUUCAUCUUCAUCAUCCUCAUCAUCCUGUGUUGUUGUAUAGUGACUUAGAGUCCAACAGUUGUGGUGUCUCCAUGGAAACCUGUACAUGAUGAUUCAGUAACUCAUAACAUAAAGUUUGUAAUUUAAUAAACAGACACUGGAAAGACA